CCAGUAUGUAUCGUUAUGGUGCACAUUCCUACAUAAAUUCGUUUGAUGUUGAAAGCAUAAAAAUGCACCACACCAACCGGCUGGCCCUGGACCCGCCAUCCGUCAUUCUGCUAAUGCGGUUGUAAAUUAUUACUCAAUCCCAUGCCCCCUCCUUCCUCUCCCAGUCGGACUCCAAGACAUUGGUCAUCAAACGGCGAUUAGAUUAGCGAACGCAACGCUUCCGUUACGAUCUGUGAGAAGUGGUACACUUACGAAAGCAAAAAAGAACGCCAAAAACACACACUCACACUCGCCACUGCACCAGACACACACACAUACAUACACACACACACUCGUGCCUUGCUACAGAUGGCACGUUGGCUUCGGGUUUUACGGCACAACGACGACGACGAGGAUGAAAAAGACUAUACCGCCCGAACGUAGCCCGAAAGCGCACCCGAAGCGUGUCGUAAAAGCUCCACCGGUGGCGGGAAAUGACAGCCACUGCCAGUGUCGAGUCUCUGCUCGAGCUUACCAGUGUGCCGUGGCAAGUGUGCGCGACCAGUUCGAAACGCCGAAAGGUGGCUUCCCGCAAACGGCUAAAGCUUUACCGUACCCGCGUCAUCAGUUUGUAGCAGCAGCUCUCGUCAGCCGCACGGACAGUGGGUGCGUUUUGGGGCCGAACCGUGACGUGGGCAAUGGUUCGCACCCGGACGUAGUGUUUUUUUUUUUUUGCGCAGGGGAACGUGCUGCCUGGUGCGAAAGUGCGCUCUACGAUGCUCUUGUGCCGGCCGUUUGGUGCGAACCGCCUGCCGGUGCUGGGUCGCGUGUGUACGCCCGCUUCAACAAGUGGCUGCCGGCGGGACUGUACGACCGAGCAUUAGUGUGUAUGUGUCUGUGUGUGUGUGUGAGUUUUUGAAGUGAUCGAGGUGUGAUCGUGGCUGUGGAGUGCGUUUUUCUUCUUCGAAGUGAAGCACAAUCAAACUCACUUGUGACACUUGCAAUCAACCGAACGCGGCUGGAAGGGUGCAGGGAAGAAACAUUGCACAGGACGCGAACGUGCCGACGCACCACCGGCAGCGGAGGAGCAGCGAAAAGGGAGGAGGCGGAAAAAAUACGGCCACCAUCGGAAAGAAUGCAAAUUGAAUAAAACGAUAUCGACGGAUAACGGGCGGGUUUGGUUUUAGAGCGAAAGGAAAGGAAGGAAAAAAACCAAAGGGCAACACAAUGGACAGCCGGACCGCCGGCAGGUCGUACACAGCGCGGCCAACGUCAAGCAGCACAGGUGUAUGGGAGCAGGCAUUUCAGCGUAGGCACCACCGAUAGGAAGGGGGAGGGGGAAAGAGUGCGAGAAAGAGAGAAAAGCCGGUCGAAAUAUUCACAUUAGCUUCGUUUCGCGGCGACCCUCGGCGAACCGAAAUACUCGAUAGGUUUUUUUUUGCUGCUGUGGAUUGGUUGUUGUGCUUGUCGCUUUUCUCUUGCUCGUUGGCACGUUUUCGCAGUGUGGCAGUAUUUCAGAAGCUAUAAUUUGAGCCAUUUCUGGGAGGCACUGUGCGGGGUGGGUGAGGUGCAAAAAAAAACGCGAUGCACAAAAAUAUCGCAGACAGCAGCCGUAACCGCAACCGCAAACAGUCGUAGUCGAAUCGAUAAGCACCCAAUGGCGUAGAAGGGUUCCCUAUUUUUGAUUUUUUUUUGUUUUGUGCGCUAGAGCGCAUAGGUAGCAAAAAGAAGGCAAGCGUUGGGCGGAACAAAACAGGCAAAGCGAGUGGAGCGAUAAAAAUCAAGAGGUACCAAACCCAAACCCCCCGAAGCCCAGUGUCGUGGCGCGGAAUGGAUCGCUAAAUCGCGUGUGAUCGUGCGAUUAGUUGUGAGCUCAUCGGCUCGGCAGCGGGAAAGCGGACGAGCAGACGACGAACCUGCCUGCACACCGAUCGUGUGUGUACGAUAAAGCGCGACGCGCCAGGGACAUUUGUGUGCACGUACACGCGCGGGCUAGGGUGUGAUUAAUAUCUGUGACCUGCCAGGUCACCUGCGUCGUCAGCGGCACCAACGAGAGAGAGAGAGAGACGCACCUUUGCAAGCGGAGGGGCACACACAGCAGUGAAACAAACGAAAAAAUAACCUCCAGACGAAACACGAAACAACGCGUGACAGGACGAGGAGGAAACCCGGUUAACAACAUGGGUGUCAAUUCAUCGUCCCGACAGGAUGCGAGCUUUCUGUCGGAUGAAGACGUGAACUUCGACCACUUUCAAAUACUGCGCAACAUUGGCAAGGGCAGCUUCGGCAAGGUGUGCAUCGUGCAGAAGAAGGACAGUGGCAACCUGUUCGCGAUGAAGUACGUCAGUCGAAGCGUGUGCAUCGGCCGGGGGGCGCUCGGUGGCGUUCUGAAGGAGGUGGAGCUGCUCGCCUCCCUCGAGCAUCCCUUUCUCGUGAACCUGUGGUUCUCCUUCCAAGACGAGGAAGACCUGUUCAUGGUUUGUGAUUUGUUGGCCGGCGGUGACUUACGGUAUCAUUUGCAGCACCAGGUAGAAUUUUCGGAAGCCAGCGUGGGACUGCUGGUGUGCGAGCUUGGGUCGGCGCUGGAUUACCUACAGAAGCAGCGCGUUGUGCACAGGGACAUCAAACCGGACAACAUCCUGCUGGAUGAGGAAGGACACGCGCAUCUGACGGACUUUAACAUUGCCACGCGGCUACCACCGGACGGGCUCGCCUGCAGCAUGUCCGGCACCAAGCCGUACAUGGCCCCGGAAGUAUUUAUGUGUGCCUUAGAGGAAAUAGCCGGCUACAGCUACCCGGUCGACUGGUGGAGUCUCGGCGUGGUCGCUUAUGAGCUGCGGAGCGGCGUCCGGCCGUUCGUCGUCCACUCGUCCACGCCGCUCGCCGAGGUGAAAAACGUACUGAACACGCAGCCCCACUAUCCCCGCCACUGGAGCGACCACUUUGUCGAUCUGCUGUCCAAGCUGCUGAACGUGCAUCCGGGCGCGCGGAUCAGCACACUGAAGGAGCUGCACCUGACGAAGCUGCUGCGCGGCACGGACCUGGAGCGGGUGCUGGCGAAGCGCACCAACCCACCGUUCAAACCUUCCAAGGACCACCUGAACUGUGACCCGAGCCUCGAGCUGGAGGAGAUGAUCGUCGAGACGAAGCCGCUGCACAAGAAGAAGAAGCGGCUGGCGAAGCAGCGCUCCGUUCACCGGGAGAACAGCGACCAGCUGCACAGCCAGCUCGACACGCAGCUGCUGAAGGAGUUCCUGGUGUACAACCGGUACAAGGAGCUGAAGCGCAAAGCGAUGGAGGCGAAGGAGUCCGAAUGGCAGCAGGAGCUCGACCAGGCGAUGGCCAACUCGCACGUCUCGAGCCCGGCCGACCGGGCCCUGUCGCCGAUCAGCGAGCGCACCGAGCAGGCGUCCGGCGUGAGCAGCACGGCCGGCACGACCGAUGGGCCGGGCGAGCCGAUCCCGGUGCCGGGCGCCGCUGGGACCGCCGGCCGCACCCCGGACGGACCGAUCGACUACAUCGACCGGACGCCUUCGCCCAAGAGCAGCAUCUAGCAGCACCAGCAGCAGGGCGACGCGGCCUGCCACAUUAUCUGAGCCGCAGCAGGAGCCGCGGCUUUUGUGGCCCACACACACACACACACACACACACUCGCACAUUGACCCACUCCCUUUAAUUGGCUUGUGAUAUAAGGUACACCGCCCGGUUUGCCGCCGCCGCAGGAAGAGACUGACAUUCACCCCCACCGCUCGACAACUCGACGCACACACACACACACGCGUAAGGGAAUGCAGGAGGACGGGCGGCCGGUCUGCCGUCCGUUCCCUCACCCCCUCCCCAAAUGGGCAAGGCAAUCAUUUAUCAAACCGUGCUGCGACGGGCAGAAAAUGGAGCAGCGCACAAAACACGCAACCACUGCACACACUGUACAACUGUGUGCAUUUAGCUUGUAAGCGAAACGAAACGAAACGA